AUGAGGAAGACGGGGAUUUGGGAUGAGGAAGACGAGGAAUUUGGGAUGGGGAAGACGGGGAUUUGGGAUGGGGAAGACGGGGAAUUUGGGAUGGAAGACGCAGAAUUUGGGAUGGGGAAGACGGGGAAUUUGGGAUGUGGAAGACGGGGAAUUUGGGAUGGGAAGACGGGGAAUUUGGAUGAAGACGGGGAAUUUGGGAUGGGGAAGACGGGGAAUUUGGGAUGGGAGACGGGGAAUUGGGAUGAAGACAAGAUUUGGGAUGAAGACGGGGGAUUUGGGAUGGAAGACGGGGAUUUGGGAUGGGAAGACAGAUUUGGAAUGGGGAAGACGGGGAUUUGGGAUGGGAAGACGGGAUUUGGGAUGGGGAAGACGGGGAUUUGGGAUGGAAGACGGGGAUUUGGGGAUGAGGAAGACGGGGAUUUGGAUAGAGCAGACGGGGAUUUGGAUGAAGACGGGGGAUUUGGAUGGGAAGACGGGGAUUUGGGAUGGGGAAGACGGGGAUUUGGGAUGGGAAGACGGGGAUUUGGGAUGGGGAAGACGGGAUUGGGGAUGGGGAAGACGGGAUUUGGGAUGGGGAAGACGGGGAAUUUGGGAUGA